GAAGAGACCGGAAGUAGGCGCCCCUUUUCCACUCUUCUCCGCGUUCCAGGCUUUCUAGGGACGAUGAGGCGCUCUCAGGGUAGUGGCUGAUCUGUGGUUGCUGGGUGAGAAGUCAGAUCCGGGACAGCUAGCAUAAUGGCAGAAACUGCUUCUCCACUGAAGCACUUUGUGCUGGCCAAGAAGGCAAUUACUGCAAUCUUUGAUCAAUUACUGGAGUUUGUUACUGAAGGAUCACAUUUUGUUGAAGCGACAUAUAGGAAUCCAGAACUUGAUCGAAUAGCCACCGAGGAUGAUCUGCUAGAAAUACAAGGGUAUAAGAACAAACUUUCCAUCAUUGGUGAGGUGUUGUCUCGGAGACACAUGAAAGUAGCAUUUUUUGGCAGGACAAGUAGUGGGAAAAGCUCUGUUAUCAAUGCAAUGUUGUGGGAUAAAGUUCUCCCCAGUGGGAUUGGCCAUACAACCAACUGCUUCCUCAGUGUUGAAGGAACGGAUGGAGAUAAAGCCUACCUUAUGACAGAAGGAUCAGAUGAAAAAAGGAGUGUGAAGACAGUUAAUCAGCUGGCCCAUGCCCUUCACAUGGAUAAUGACUUGAAAGCUGGCUGUCUUGUACAUGUGUUUUGGCCAAAGGCAAAAUGCGCACUCUUGAGAGAUGACCUGGUUUUAGUAGACAGCCCAGGCACAGAUGUCACUACAGAGCUGGAUAGCUGGAUUGAUAAGUUUUGUUUAGAUGCCGAUGUCUUCGUUUUGGUUGCAAACUCUGAAUCAACACUAAUGAACACGGAAAAACAGUUUUUUCACAAGGUAAAUGAGCGACUUUCCAAGCCUAAUAUUUUCAUUCUGAAUAAUCGUUGGGAUGCUUCUGCAUCAGAGCCAGAAUAUAUGGAAGAUGUACGUAGGCAGCAUAUGGAAAGAUGUUUAAAUUUCUUGGUGGAGGAGCUCAAAGUUGUUAACCCUCUAGAAGCUCAGAAUCGUAUCUUCUUUGUUUCAGCAAAGGAAGUUCUUAGCGCUAGAAAGCACAAAGCACAGGGGAUGCCAGAAGGAGGUGGGGCACUUGCUGAAGGAUUUCAGGCAAGAUUACAGGAGUUUCAGCAUUUUGAACAAAUAUUUGAGGAGUGUAUCUCGCAAUCAGCAGUGAAAACAAAGUUUGAACAGCACACUAUCAGAGCUAAACAGAUUCUAGAUACUGUGAAAAACAUAAUGGAUUCAGUAAACGUGGCAGCAGCAGAGAAAAGGGUUUAUUCAAUGGAGGAGAGGGAAGACCAGAUUGAUAGACUGGAUUUUAUUCGAAAUCAAAUGAAUCUUUUAACACUGGAUGUUAAGAAAAAAAUCAAGGAGGUUACAGAGGAGGUGGCAAACAAGGUUUCAUGUGCGAUGACAGAUGAAAUUUGUCGACUCUCGAUUUUGGUUGAUGAAUUUUGUUCUGAGUUUCAUCCUACUCCAAGUGUAUUGAAAGUGUAUAAGAAUGAGCUAAAUAAGCACAUAGAAGAUGGUAUGGGAAGAAAUUUGGCUGAUCGGUGCACAAGUGAAGUCAAUGCGUCAAUGCUUCAGUCCCAGCAAGAAAUUAUUGAAAAUUUGAAGCCGUUACUUCCAGCUGGUAUACAGAAUAAACUACACACACUGAUCCCUUGCAAGAAAUUUGAUCUCAGUUAUGACCUAAAUUGCCAUAAGUUAUGCUCUGAUUUUCAAGAGGAUAUUGUAUUUCGUUUUUCCCUGGGCUGGUCUUCCCUUGUCCAUCGUUUUUUGGGCCCUAAUAAUGCUCAGAGGGUGCUCUUAGGAUUCUCAGAACCUAUCUUUCAGCUCCCUAGAUCUUUAGCUUCUACUCCCACUGCUUGUACCAAUCCAGCAGUGCCAGACAAUGCAUCACAGGAAGAACUCAUGGUUACCUUAAUAACAGGAUUAGCUUCUCUUACAUCUAGAACUUCUAUGGGCAUCAUCGUUGUUGGAGGAGUGAUUUGGAAAACUGUAGGCUGGAAGCUCAUAUCUGUUUCUUUAAGUAUGUAUGGGGCUUUGUAUCUUUAUGAAAGACUAUCCUGGACCACCUGUGCUAAGGAGAGAGCCUUUAAACAGCAGUUUGUGAACUAUGCAACUGAAAAACUGCAGAUGAUUGUUAGCUUCACAAGUGCAAACUGCAGCCAUCAAGUACAACAGGAGAUGGCUACCACUUUUGCUCGCCUGUGCCAACAAGUUGACGUUACUCAAAGACAUCUGGAAGAAGAAAUUGCUAGAUUAUCCAAAGAAAUAGAACAGUUGGAGAAAAUACAAAACCAUUCAAAGCUCUUAAGAAAUAAAGCUGUUCAACUUGAAAAUGAGCUGGAGAAUUUUACUAAGCAGUUUCUACAUUCAAGCAAUGAGGAAGAAUCUUAACAGUGGAGAUUGCUUUGGUGAACAGCAUAGGAGGAAACAAACUUGGAAGAUUGGGCCAGUUGUAAUUUUAUGAAAUGACUUCAAAUAUGAAUUUCUACUAACUGUACCUAAAUAGCAAAUUCCUGUGGAGUUCUCAUAAUGAUCUAUCUCAGGGUGUUUGCAUUUCUGAAGAGCAUUAUGAUGUGUUAAUGUUGUUAGUUUUAAUUUUGGGCAAAGAAAAGGUCAGAUUGUUUGAUGUGUUAAUGAAUUAGUUAAAAGCAACAGAACCAACUAUGUGACCCCUGAGGGGUGGGGCCCUGAGCUCUUAAUCAGGGCUUUCUUUGUUUUUGAUUCUGAAAAACUCUGCUUCCUGGCAUCCAGGAGUUAGAGAAUGCUCCUUUCAUCAUCUUUGUCAAAACUAAUUUUUGAUGCCUACUUAAAUGAGAAGAGUCACUUUUUUGUUUUAUUAAUUGCACUGCUCUAACCACCAAAAAGGGGUGUGGAAUGUUCUUGAGUGUAUUAUUUAUGCAAGUUACAAUCACUUUUGCUGUCAUCGUAGGUAUGUAAACCACUAAUAAAUGUGCUGUUUUUAUUCCCUCUUUUAUUCCCAUUAAAACUGGUGUAAAACAUUAUAAAGGUUUGUUAUAGUUACAAAAGCAUCUGGGUCUAAAUAGUUUCUUCAUUAUCUCUAAAGGGACAUUUUCAGCUUUGCUCCAACUAUGAUUCCAGGAAGGAAAGCUUUUGUAUUUCAGUUUUAGGAGUAAAGUUUUUAGGUGAUUAAAAGUAGCCAAAGGUAUGGGAGGUCUGAAUUUUGAAUGAGUAUAGUGAUGUACAAAAGCUGUUUUUCAGAGGUUUUUGCCUAAUAUAUUGUUGGAUUGUUCUCCAGGGGAGGCUUUUACUUUUAUUUAAUUGCAUGAAUUUUCCAGGGCUGGGUUAAAAAUUAUUAAUGUUAUCUCUUACCUUAAUGAAAUGUUUAUGGGUCCAGGCAUCAUGGCUGCUUCUGUAUUAAAAACUGAUCGAAACUUAUGGGAAUGUACAAAAAUGAAAUCAUUUUAGGACCUUGCUAAUGCAAAUGUCUGAGGACCAGAUUAGCAUCACUGGGAGCUAGCUAAAAAUGCACAAUCCCAGGGGAAACAGUACAUUUGUGUCCCAUUGAAGUUAUAGUUUAUGUGCUUUCUUUUCAUGGGAGAGAGAGAAUUUGACUUCUAAAAAAAUUUUUUUAAAUAUUCAAUAUUUUCUGUGCCUUUUAAGGCUUCUGGAUGCUAUUCAGUCUUUUCAAAAGAGGUGUAACUCUAGUUUUCAAGGUAUUUUAGGGAGAAAGUCACAUUAUUUAGACCAUAGGAGCCUUACAAAAAUAUUUGUAUUUUAUGCAAAUCAGAUUAAUGGUAUGCAGUAUUCAAAGCCAAAUGAAUAUUUAUAUUCACUUUUUAGCUUUUGUUGGUAGGUGUAGGUGACAACUACAACCUGAAAAACUGAUGUCUAAGGCUGGCUGGUAAUUUAGGUUACAAGUUCAAGAUCUUAACCAUGAUAAAGUACUUGAACAGCAUAGUGGUUUGGUAUUACCUCAUUAUUGUAAUACAGUAUCUAUGGAAGUUUGGUCCCUGGAUGGUUAGCAUUGCUUGGGAACUUGUAUGAAAUGCAAAUCCUCAGGUCCCACCCCAGAACUACUGAAUCAGAAUGCGUUGAGGUCCAGCAAUCUCUAGUUUUAACAAGCCAUUCAGGUGAUUCUGAUACAUGCUAAAGUUUGUGAAGCACUGGUAUAGUGGUCCUGAUGUAGUAAAUUUUUCAUCGCUAGUCUGAAUUAUGUAUGAUCAAAUUGAAAAUGUAUGAAUGUUGGAAAUGGAACACUAAAAUAAUGAAAUGCAACCUUUUUGUCUGAAGAUAAAUGCACUUAAGACCAAGCCCAUGAACUAUACAGAAACUGUGUAAUAGUACUUCAAAGUUAUUGCGCACAAUAUACUUGGUUGCUCACUAUGUAUGUUUGCAGGAUUAUUUCUGAACUACUUUGUAUAAACUUAAAAUUUCUAUAAAACUAAAAAUUUUUAUAAAUAUGCAAGUUCGCAAAGGGAAAAUAAAGCAAACUUGUUUGCCUGA